AUGAAAAAAACUCGUGUAAAAUACGAAAAAGAACGAAAUCUAGUCGGACAAGUAGCAGUGAAUCCACGUAUUCGGCUAAGUACGGCGACAGAGAAUCUUCAAAAGAAAAAUCAAGGCGUCCCAAGCCCAGUAAAACUCCAAAUGAUUUGUACAGCUAUGCGUCGAACAGCAAAUCUCACCGGCCAAGGAGCAAAACCCGUAGCAGACAUAAUAGAAAAUAUAGCAGCGAGUCAACGGAUUCAUCAAAUGAUGGUCGGGAGGCAACAAGGAAGAAAAAAAGACAGCGCUCACACAACUCAAAGAGAUUUCGUUCUCGUGACACCAGACGCUCUCGAAGUAAACUGAACAGGCGUUCUCGAAGUAAAAACCGACGCUCUAGAAGUAAAACCCAUUCUAGAACUCGUGGUGAAUCACAGAUGAAACGCCGCUAUAAAAAUAGACAUAGAUCGUAUUCCAGGGGACAGAGAAAUAAGAAAAACCAAAAUAGCGCUCGUUAUUCCAGCGAUUCAGCAACAGAUACUUCGUUCAGCGCAGACACCAGGCAUUCAAGCGCUCUCGUGAUCAAGACGAACCAUCGGGAAACACAACAAAGCGUAUUGAGGUGCGAAACUCACCGCAGCUGGAAUUGGUUCAAAAUAAAACUAAAGAUUUAUUGGAAGACAACAUGGCAGAAAAUGAGAAAC